AUGGCGCUCCCAAGGUUCAAGGCCGCUGCAUGCCAUCUCGCAUCUGUCUUCGGCUCAGCCAGACAGACCACCGAUAAGACCAUCGGAUUUAUGAGGAAAGCUGCCCAGAAUUCAGCCCAACUCGUGGUCUUUCCCGAGUCAUCCAUCCCCGGCUUUCCUUACUGGUCGUCAAUAAUCGCGCCCGCCACGGGUCAUGACUUCUUUCGUUACAUGGCCGAGGAGUCGGUUUAUGUUGAUGGGGAGGAGAUCAAGGCCAUACAGCAGGCUGCUCUGCAGUCGCGCAUUGUGAUCAGUCUAGGAUUUUCAGAGAAGGUUCGAUAUAGCUCUGCAACCUUGUUCAACUCGAAUCUGAUCAUUGGAGAUGACGGCCAAAUCCUGGUCCAUCAUCGCAAGUUGAUGCCCACCUUCUUUGAAAAGCUGACCUGGUCUCCUGGCGAUGGCCAUGGUCUCCGAGUUGCUGAUACCCGUCUGGGAAAGAUUGGGGCUCUAAUAUGUGGUGAAAACACCAAUCCUUUAGCCAGAUAUGCUCUGAUGGCACAAGGGGAGCAGGUGCAUAUUUCGAGCUGGCCAGCCAUCUGGCCAACAAGACUACCUUUGGACGGAGAGCCUACGCCAGCGACCGGCAAUUAUGACAAUGUGAAUGCUAACACGAUCCGCGCGGCGGCACAUUGCUUUGAAGCCAAAUGUUUUGGUAUCCAGAGUGCCGGAGUGCUUGACCAUGCGAGCAUUCAGGGCAUUGCACAGAUGACAUCUGAUCCCAGAAGGACAACGAAGAUUCUCUCUACCUAUCCGCAGGCCACAACCCAAUUUCUUGACCCAAAUGGCCACUUAAUCAAAUCACGCAUAGUGUGGCCGUCCAGCGAUGUCCAGGACGAAGGUCUAUGCUUGCAAAACGAAGAAGGAGUCCUGAUAGCGGACAUCGACUUGAACAAAUGUGUCGAGGGAAAACAAUAUCACGAUGUGGUAGGUGGAUACCAGAGACUCGAUGUGUUCAACUUGCAAGUCAACCGCAAUCGACACGAGCCAGUUGUCUUUGCCAGUGGUAAGAAGACGGAACAUGACCCACCGGAAACUGCUUCUUGCAGUGGUAGUAAGUCGACAAAGGAUUCCGGUGGGAUUGCACGAUGA